CACACGCACACACGCGCACACCCGUGUGCUUGUGGCCCGCCUCCCAGGUUCGUCGUGCGGGUGAUGUGUUCCGUGCUGGGCCUCCUGGUGCGGCAGAGCCAGCCUCAGCAGCGCAGCCUCCGGGCCCGCGUCUACAUCGCCAACCACGUCACUCACUUCGACCACAAUGUCAUUAACUUGCUGACCUCUUGCAAUGCGCCCAUGCUGAACGGGGCCUCUGGCUUCAUCUGCUGGUCCCGGGGCUUCCUGGAGGUGGGCAGCACAGGAGGGCGAGCGGAGCUCCUGGAGUCCCUGAAGGCCUACUCCUCCCACGGAGGCAGCCCGCCCCUGCUGCUCUUCCCCGAGGAAACCACAACCAACGGGAGGGCCGGCCUUCUGCGCUUCAGCACGUGGCCGUUCUCGAUCUUGGACACGGUCCAGCCAGUGGCCCUGCAAGUACAGAGGCCCUUUGUUGCUGUGAGCUCGGCUGAUGCCUCCUGGGUGACUGAGCUGCUCUGGACUUUCUUUGUUCCCUUCACCAUUUAUCAAGUAAGGUGGCUCCCUUCAGUCUGCAGACGAGCUGAGGAGACCCGGGAGGAGCUGGCUCUUCGAGUCCAAGAGCUCCUGGCCUUGGAGCUGGGUGUGGCAUCGACACGGGUCACGGCCACUGACAAAGCAGAGCACCUGAAGCGGCUGCGCCACAGCCCUCCAGUUCCCUAUGCCCCAGUCCCGAGUCAGCCCUUGGCAGCCCGGCCUCAGGCUUCCUCCAGCUCUCCCCCCGCAGGGGACCCGCGCUUGAUGGGCAUGGCUCAGCGUGUCAAGGAGGUCCUGCCUCACGUGCCCCUGGCAGUCAUUCGCAAGGACUUGGUCGUGCUUGUGGAACUGAAGUUGAGGCCGCAGCUGCCGCCUGAGCAGGGGCUCUCUGAGCACUCCUGUUGCCUGGCGGAAGGAGGGAGCAGUUCAGCAUCGUGCAGGGCCAUCGGCAGUGAGCCGGGGACGGGCUCGGGGCUUCUAGAGCACUGGACCGAGGGGAGAGGACUCCAUCCUCCCCCCCAGGCCCCUCACGCGCGGCCUGCCUUUCUCCCCCCCCCCCCCCGCCCCAUGGUUGCCACCAUUGCCAACCUGCUGGAGGGGCGGGUUCCCUUCACCCCCGGCGAGGCAGAAGAGGAGCCUCCCUUGCCUGGUCCGUCGGUCCCCAACGCUCAGUCCCCUGCGUCUCCUCCUCCGGCCACACUGCCCCUGAAGGUUUUUGCCCGGUCCCCAGAGGCAAGGCACCUCUCCCUGCAGGACCGGAAGCAUGCGCUCUUUGACUACGCCAGGAGGAGAUACACAGAGAAGCACGGGAUGCCCCAGAGCUAGGGGAACUGCUGAGCAGAUCACGCUCCUUCUCGUGGACGGUGGUGGCUCUUGGCGUGGAUGGCUGCCGUGUACAAUUAGCGGCCUGUGACCACAGCUCAGUGGCGAGGGAAGAAGGCACCUGGGUCCCAGGCCACCCGUGCUUUCGCUCCAGGCCCUGGACUCAGCACAGCACUGGAGGGCCCCGGAGCCUGCUGGGGGGGGGGGGCAAACAGGGAGGCUUUCGCUAUCAAAAAUAAACAUGACUCAAAU